AAAGGGAGCGUUUAACGCGAUUCAAUGUUUGCUACCACACUAUCAUUCGUAGAGAUCUGGUGACUCUCCGAAUUCGGUAUCACUUCCCACUGUCUAGCUUCUUCACCGGUGAGAAACAGCAUUCACUCCGGUCAAAAUGCCGGACGUGGUUCCGCAAGCAGGAGCCAGACCGAAAAAACAAAACUGGAAUUGUCUCCAUUGCAAGACGAAGAACACGCCCGUACGUCGGGAAAUCCAAAGUCAAUUCAGCGCUCAACCGACGACCAAUGCUGAUACGCUCAAACCACGACGAUUGACCGUGCAGUGCAGCUGCGAAUCGGCACCAUAUUCGACCUGUCGGCGGCAGGCGGUUGAAUGCGUCUCUACCGGUCAGACCGUCAAACACGUGAAGGCAGAAGAUCCCGGACGCUAUCGCGACGCCCAUUCUUCGGGAGGUACUGUGAAUCCGAACCGCGAUGGAGCCUAUCUGGGAAGAGGAGGGCACAUGGGGCAUGUGGGGGAAAGCGAUAUGUACAAGAUUAUGCAGUGGCGGUAUCUGGAGCGGCAGGCAAAGGACAUCGGGAAGCCCUUCAUCACCGCCACAACGCAAUGGCUGAUCCACGACCCAAGGACGCUCGGUCUGUUCUUAAAUCGUCCUCUCUUGAACUCGCCAAGCACACCCAAAACACACGCUGCCGCGCUGCGAUGUAGCUUGUGCGGAUACAGGCCCGUAGGUGACCAGCUCAGGGCGUUGGAGCUCCAUGCGGCCGGCUGCGUCUAUGGGAUCGAACAGUUUAGCGACGAUGAUAUCCCGGCUGAUAUCAUCGGGCUGCAGGAUGGGCUGAGCGCUAGGGAGAGCAAUGCAAAUGGGGUUCCGGUAAGCGACACGGUCCCGAUUUAGGCCAAGCUCGCCAGCCAACGUCUUUUUUUUUCCUCAUCAGCACUGGAAUCAUCUUUUGCAUCUGAUAGACAUCAGCAGGCAGCGGGACACACACAACCGGGAGACUAUUGCCAGAAUGGUAGAUGAGCCCAAGACUCGCAGAAGGGCGAUGAGCCAAGGAUGAACUUGUAUUGAAUCGAGAGUUCAUAUAUUUAUGGUGAUCCCGAACCGACCUCAAACUCGUUCCGCUAGACCAACUCCAGCAGAAUCUUAGCUUUAUUCAUGCCUAGAUCCUGGUAGACGAUGUCUUU